UGGCAAGAGAUCUAUUACAAAUAGAAGCCAUAUAAAGCGGCUGGCUCCUCCCCGUCCCCAACAGUGGAACUCAUCUGUCAUCCAAGAAGCUCUCCUCUCCAGUACCGAGCUGCAUCGGUGCUCAAACACUCCAACACCCUCAUCUUUCCGCUUUGUCCAACUGGCAUAGUCGCACUGGCCAUUCAUAUCCCUGCUCCCAUAGGAGCCAUCGCCAUAGAUACCGAGCGAACGAAAGAAUGAUCUACGCAAUCAAUAGGAGCAGCCACCCAGCUGUCUUUGUUGACCUCCGCCAUGUCAGCCUGCACCAUGAAGGCAGCGAGCUAGAGUUUCAAACCACCCUCCAAGUCAACAUUAUCAAGGCCGUGGACAUGAUUCGGACGGCACGGGUGCCAUCUGACGACGACGAAGUCGAUCUCCACACAGCCUACAACACCAUCGUCAACAGCGGAUUCUUCCACCAAUUCCUUCGAUUCCAGGACUUCAUUCAAGAUCGCCGUGCGUUUCGACCCCUGUCCCUGUUCCUAUCCCUAUCCCUAUUCAUGUUCCUGUUCCUGUUCCUGUUCCUGUUCCUGUUCCUGUUCCUGUUCCUGUUCCUGUUCCUGUUCCUGUUCCUGUUCCUGUUCCUGUUCCUGUUCCUGUUCCUGUCCGAGGAGAGUCUCCUGGACGUCCCCAGCACCACCGCGACCUCAUCCUCCACCAGUACUCUCACGACCAUCACCCACACGUCCUGUGGGAAACCAGGCAUCCUCCGGUCCUCCCGGGUCGAGUCCGGGAUCGAGAACAGCGAGCAAGCCAUGCUUUCGUUCGAGGACGAGACGUCGAGCGAGCGCCGGCGCCGUGUGCGCUUGAUCCGGCUGUGCCGAACCCCGAUCGGAUACCAGCUCAAUCUCCAAUAAUAAGACAAAUGCAUCUCAUCAUGUUGUCUCGUACUGUAUUAUAUCGCAUUGUAUGGCAUCGUAUUGAAUAGAAAU